AUGGCAGCCACUUUGACACUCAUUACUGCUUGUAUACAAUACGUUGUUGUGACACGUUGUAGCACACAAGGGAUUUAUGUUCGCAGAGAAAUCUCCCACCACGAGAUAAUAGAUUUGACAAUUACGGAUGAUGGUGCUAGGAUACAAUUUGUCGCUUUCCAAGAAGAAAUCCAAUUGUCUUUGCAAAAAGUAUCCUCCACAGAUUUCAUGCCGGAAAAUCUACCAAUUUCAGUCAUAGAGAACAACACUGUGCGCAGCUUUAACUUAAAGUUUAAAGAGCACGGGAUUGAGUUUUACCAAGAAGUGGGUGGUCUGGGAGUUUUCUCUAUACAAUGUUCGUCCUUCAAUAACAAUGCUUGCAGAAUAGAAGGAUAUACAAUUAUCAACAACUACGAAGUAAUAAUUACACCUGUGGAAAUGUCCGACCACUUUAGACGGGAUUCGUCUUAUAAUGGGAUAUAUAGAAUAUGGUGGCGUUCAAUACCCAUUGAAAGAGAAUUUCAACCCAAACGUGAAGCAGAUGGUCGCAUCUCAAAGUUAAAGAAGAAAUUCCUCUUUGGAUUGCAAGAUGAUGUUGCUCCAAUCCCAGGGACAGUGGAUGCAAACGUUGAGGUGUUGGUGUGGACUGACUUGUCGUACAUUGACUCCUUUCACCAGCUAGUGCAGCAUCCUCAUGUCGAAACAGACGUGUUGAAGUACGUGGCUACGGUGGUGCAUGCGGGAAACCAGAUGUUCCACAACGGAAUAAAGGAUCCGUCUUUGAACAUAUCGAUAUUUUUAACGGGUGUUGUAAUCUGCAAGUCAGCAGACUGCAGUCGAUUUACCUCCGACCUGCUGCACAAUGGCACAGUGGACAAUCACCGGGCAUUGGAUCUAUUUGCAGAAACUCUGGCUUUGGCCUAUGGUAAUCACACACUGCGGUUCCACUACGAUUAUGCGGUGGCUUUCACUCGAUAUGAUUUAGUCGACCCAAAUGGAACACCGAUUGGUGUUUCUUUCACUGAUGAUAUUUGUUCAAUUCGAGACGGAAAGUCGUCCUCCAUCAUUGAGGAUCAAGGCGGUUGCACUUGUAUUGGGACAUUGGUACAUGAAUUGGCACACACCCUGGGCUCUGAUCAUGAUGGAUGGUUCCGAGGGACGCAGUGUGACGCCAGCAAUGGUUAUAUAAUGGCCUCCAUCUCCCCCCUGACCACCAACGGAUUCUACUUUUCUCAGUGCACAAUCAAUUCCAUUAAAACAAACUUAAUGAAGCCCAACGCUUCUUGUGUGUUGGACAGCCCCCACUUUACUCCUCACUAUGAGACCUUGACCCACGAACUGCCAGGUCAAAUCUACAACGCCUCGGAGCAAUGCCGGCAGAUCUACGGAACAUCCUUCUGUCUGAGCAUCGGGACGACUCUCGAGGACAUCUGCCAUAAGAUUUACUGCUGGGACCCCGUCUUGUCCAAUGUUUGUUCCGCCAAGUCCUCGGCGGCUCCCGGAACUUCCUGUGGACGCAAAAAAUGGUGUCAGAAUGGAGAAUGCAUCUAUGAUGACCGUGCACCAUAGGCCUAACUCUUGUUUUUUACUGCUUUGUUCUCGCUGUGUAUGGUGUCGAUUAAUUGAGAAUAAAUUUGAUGUUAUU